UACUUGGUGUCCUUGCCAGGUACUGCCUACAAGCUGGUAUGUUAUUUCACCAAUUGGGCUCACAGUCGACCAGGCCCCGCCUCCGUCAUGCCCCGUGAUCUGAACCCCUUCCUUUGUACACACCUGAUAUUUGCCUUUGCCUCAAUGAACAACAAUCAGAUUGUUGCCAAUAAUCUCCAGGAUGAGAAAAUUCUCUACCCAGAGUUCAACAAACUCAAGGAGAGGAACAGGGCCCUGAAAACACUGCUGUCCAUCGGAGGCUGGAACUUCGGCACAUCACGGUUCACCUCUAUGCUAGCCACAAUUGCCAGCCGUGAAGAGUUUAUUGAUUCUGUUAUAUCCUUCCUGAGAACACAUGGCUUUGAUGGGCUUGAUCUCUUUUUCUUGUAUCCUGGACUACGAGGCAGUCCCAUGAAUGACCGGUGGAAUUUUCUCUUCUUAGUUGAAGAGCUCCAGUUUGCCUUUGAGAAGGAGGCACUGCUCACCCAGCGUCCAAGGCUGCUGCUGUCGGCUGCUGUGUCUGGUGUCCCAUACAUCAUUCAGACAUCUUAUGAUGUGCGCUUUUUAGGAAGACGUCUGGAUUUCAUUAGUGUCUUGUCUUAUGACUUACACGGAAGUUGGGAAAAGUUUACAGGACACAACAGUCCUCUGUUCUCUCUUCCUGAAGACUCCAAAUCUUCGGCAUAUGCUAUGAAUUACUGGAGGAAUCUUGGGGCACCUGCAGAUAAACUACUCAUGGGCUUUCCCACCUAUGGACGUACCUUUCACCUCCUCAGUGCAUCUAAGCAUGGAUUGCAGGCUGCCUCAACGGGACCAGCAUCUCCUGGGAAGUAUACCAAGCAGGCUGGCUUCCUGGCUUACUAUGAGGUUUGUUCCUUUAUCCAGAACGCAGAAAAGCACUGGAUUGAUUAUCAGUAUGUCCCCUAUGCCUACCAGGGGCAGGAGUGGGUUGGCUACGAUGACGCCAUCAGCUUCAGUUACAAGGCAAUGUUCGUGAAAAAGGAACAUUUUGGGGGUGCCAUGGUGUGGACACUGGACAUGGAUGACGUCAGCGGCACUUUCUGUGGCAAUGGCCCUUUCCCCCUUGUCCAUAUAUUGAAUGAGCUCUUGGUACAGGCAGAGUUGAACUCAACCCCUUUGCCACAGUUUUGGUUUACAUCGCCUGUGAAUUCCUCGGGACCUGACUCUGAGGGUCUGCCUGUGACAGAGUUGACCACUGAGGCUGUAAAGAUUCUGCCACCAGGAGGAGAGACUAUGGCUGCUGAGGGCCACGGAAAGUAUGAAAAUGUGACUACAAUCCCCAAUGGUGGAUUCGUGACCCCUGGGAGAACAAUGUCUCCUGCAACACAUACUGUAGCUCUAGAAAGUAACACCAUGGCUCCCGGGGCAAACGCUACAACCUCACUGGACCUUCUGUCUGAGACCAUCACUGAGAUGACAGUGACAGUCCAGACACAGACACCAGGGGGAGGGACCACGGUCACAGUGGGCAAUCAGUCUGUGACCCCUAGGGGAGAGAUCACGGCCACAGUGGGUAAUCAGUCUGUGACCCCUGGGGGAGAGACCACGGUCACAGUGGGCAAUCAGUCUGUGACCUCUGAGGGAGAGACCACGGCCACAGUGAGCAAUCAGUCUGUGACCCCUGGGGGAGAGACCAUGGCCACAGUGGGCAAUCAGUCUGUGAUCUCUGAGGGAGAGACCACGGCCACAGUGGGCACUCAGUCUGUGACCCCGUGGGGAGAGAUCACAGUCACAGUGGGCAAUCAGUCUGUGACCUCUGCAGAGAUGGUUACAACUCUUGCCCAUCUUCAGACUAUGACUCCCAUUGAGGAGGAAACUUCUAGGGAGAAGACUGUGGCCCUUGAAAGGGUCACUGUUCCCCCUAGAGAGAUGUCAGUUACCCCCAAUAGGCAGAAUACAACUCUAAAGUGGGAGAAUUUGAUUACUGAGGUGGAAACUUAUUCCCAGGAUGGGUGAAUUGGUCCUUGUGUAGAAGUGGAGAACAGGAUGCUGCCCUCCAGCUCCAUCACCCUGUCCCCAGGAUAUACUCCUUUCUCUUUUGAAAAUGGCUUCACUAUUACUGAUGGGAACUCUCCUUUGUCAACUCAACAACCCUUCUAACAAAUCUCUCUUAAGAAAAAGAAAAUUCAGGACACACUGUUAUGGAUCAAAGACCAUGAACUCUCUUGGUGGCAAAUCCUAGGGGAAAACCCUUGCUUUUUCUUCUAUAUGAUAUGACAGAAGCCACUUCAGGGGUUUUUGUGGGGCUAAGCUGGCACCAAAGCUAACAUAGGGCAAUUUCCUUUCUG